GGCGGAGCGAAGCGCCGCGUCCGUGCGAGGCGGUCCAGAACGUUCCGCCGCCGCUCCGCGUUGCCGUCCGCCGCCAUCGCCGCCGCGAUGAUGGGCCCGCGCCCCGUGCUCGUGCUCAGUCAGAAUGUGAAGAGGGAGUCGGGGAGAAAAGUCCAGGCUGGGAACAUCACUGCUGCAAAGACCAUCGCUGACAUCAUCCGGACGUGCCUGGGGCCGAGGGCGAUGAUGAAGAUGCUUCUGGACCCCAUGGGAGGCAUCGUGAUGACCAACGACGGCAACGCCAUCCUGAGGGAGAUCCAAGUGCAGCACCCCGCUGCCAAGUCCAUGAUCGAGAUCAGCCGCACUCAGGACGAGGAGGUCGGGGAUGGGACCACAUCUGUCAUUAUCCUCGCUGGAGAGAUGCUCUCUGUUGCUGAGCACUUCCUGGAGCAGCAGAUGCACCCGACUGUCAUCAUCGGCGCCUACCGCAAAGCUCUGGACGACAUGAUCCACGUCCUGAAGAAGAUCAGCACCCCGGUGGAUGUGAACAACAGAGAGAUGAUGCUGAAAAUCAUCAAGAGUGCCAUAAACACCAAAGCCAUCAACCGCUGGUCCGAGCUGGCCUGCAGCAUCGCCCUCGACGCCGUCAGGACGGUGGAGUUGGAGGAGAACGGCCGGAAGGAGAUCGAUAUCAAGAAAUACGCCAAAGUGGAGAAGAUCCCGGGUGGUUUCAGCGAGGAUUCCUGCGUGCUGCGGGGCAUUAUGGUGAACAAAGACGUGACGCACCCCAGGAUGCGCCGCCUCAUCAAGAACCCCCGCAUCGUGCUGCUGGAUUGCUCGCUGGAGUACAAGAAAGGGGAGAGCCAGACUGACAUUGAGAUCACGCGGGAGGAGGACUUCGCGCGCAUCCUGCAGAUGGAGGAGGAGUACAUCCAGCAGAUCUGCGAGGACCUGCUGAGGGUGAAGCCGGACCUGGUCAUCACCGAGAAGGGCAUUUCGGACCUGGCCCAGCACUACCUGAUGAGAGCCAACAUCAGCGCCGUCCGCAGGGUGAGGAAGACGGACAACAACCGCAUCGCCAGGGCCUGCGGGGCGCGCAUCGUCAGCCGCACCGAUGAGCUGCGGGAGGAGGACGUGGGCACCGGCGCCGGGCUGUUCGAGGUGAAGAAGAUCGGAGAUGAGUACUUCGCCUUCAUCACCGACUGCAAGGAGCCCAAGGCGUGCACCAUCGUCCUGCGCGGGGCCAGCAAGGAGAUCCUGGCGGAGGUGGAGCGCAACCUGCAGGACGCCAUGCAGGUGUGCCGCAAUGUGUUGGUGGACCCCCAGCUGGUGCCGGGGGGAGGGGCUGCGGAGAUGGCGGUGUCCCACGCGCUGACCGAGAAGUCCAAAGGGAUGACGGGCGUGGAGCAGUGGCCCUACAGAGCGGUGGCGCAGGCGCUGGAGGUCAUCCCCCGCACGCUCAUCCAGAACUGCGGUGCCAGCACCAUCCGCGUGCUCACCUCGCUGCGGGCCAAGCACACCCAGGAGGGCAGCCAGACGUGGGGGGUGAACGGGGAGAGCGGAGCCCUGGCUGACAUGAAGGAGUUGGGGGUGUGGGAGCCCCUGGCCGUCAAACUGCAGACCUACAAAACGGCGGUGGAGACCGCCGUCCUUCUGCUCCGCAUCGAUGACAUCGUGUCGGGACACAAAAAGAAGGGCGAAGAGCACAGCAAAGCGCCGGCGCCCACCGAGGCGGCCCAGGAGUAGAGGGGCCGUGGGGCUGCCCAAUGUGGGGCUGCCCAAUGUGGGGCUGCCCUCCGUGGGGCUGCAGUUCACCCCAUCCUGAGGCCGAGUUGGGACGAAGGCCCCGAAGCGCAUUGUCCGAAGUUGUGGGGGGGUGGGAUGGGAAUGCGGCGCUGGGGGGGGGUGCGGUUCCGGGUGGAGGUGUUGGUGUUUAAUUUAAGUCUGUAAUUCUUCGCGGUUUGCCUCAACAAUAAAAGGCGUCACGGCUC